AUGGUCAGACGACAAAGCAUGACUAAGCACCGAAAACUCGUCAGCACACGGUCACAUACUACCGGUCACGCACAUUCGACUCAGCACACGGACGGACUCUGUCGAUCUCCUCUGCAGUCGCUUCGACCUAGACGUACACGAGCACAGCCUGUGCUUCUCCGAUCCGCAGUCACUGCAACAAACACUCCCACGCACGAGGACACAGCCGUCAUGGCGAUCCAGACGAUCGAAGGCAUCGUGACCAAGGCAGGCGUGAUGGCCAAGACGGUCACGGUCACAGUGGAGCGCCGCUUGAUACACCCCAAGCUGCUCAAGCCGUUCAUCCGCCACAAAAAGUACCUGGUGCACGACGAGCAGAAUUCGCUCUCGGUGGGCGACAAGAUCGUGGCGUCGGCGUGCAGGCCGCUGUCGGCACGCAAGCACUUUACGCUGCUCGACAAGGUGGGCACCGAGGCGGAGGCGGAGGCCCGCCGCGCCAAGGCUGCGAGCUACAUGUCGGCAGAGGACAAGGAGAAGGGCCGCAUCGAACAGCUCGUCAAGAACGAAAUCGCCAAGCGCGCCGGUCCCGGCGGCUCGAGGUGA